GCUUGUGUGAUGAACGUCCCGACGCCUCUAAAGUAUCCCAGUUACCAGUGACCAGAGCUGAUAAGGAGAAUGAGGGUCGUUUGUGGUGGUUUUGUGUGGAAAUAGCGAGCAACGGCCGAUCGUGGGUCGUCCGAAGAAAUUACGAAAACUUCCGAAUGCUCGACAAGCAGUUGCAUCGAUGUGUGUACGACCGGAAGUUUAGUCUUCUAACAGAACUUCCAGCAGUGGAAGAACUUCCAAAUGACGAAGAGAAAAGACAGGAAGCCUUACGAACUAUCUUAAGGGAAUACAUCAGUCGAUUCUCAGACCUAGCUGGAAGCCUAAUCAGCUGUGGACCAGUGCUUAAUUGGCUUGAGCUUGACAACCGAGGUAACAGGCUGAUAGUAACGGAUGAAGCUGCUAUCAAUACUCCUGCCGUAGCUGCUGCCUACGUCACCAAAAGAUACACAGCACAAGCCGGAGACGAGAUAUCCUUCGAGGUUGGAGAUAUGGUGUCUGUGAUUGAUAUGCCACCACCUGAAGAAUCUACGUGGUGGAGAGGAAAACGGGGAUAUGAGGUUGGAUUUUUCCCCAGUGAAUGUGUUGAAGUAAUUGGAGAGAAAGUUCCACAGACUUUAAAAAUACCAGGAGCUUCGACAAAACCAGUGUUGCGGAAACAUGGAAAACUGAUUGCUUUCUUUAGAUCCUUUCUACUUUCACGACCUUCAAGAGGGAAAUUAAAGCAAAGUGGUAUCUUGAAAGAAAGGGUAUUUGGUUGUGAUUUAGGAGAACAUUUAUUAAAUACUUCUAGAGAGAUCCCUCUGGUAUUAAAAUGCUGUACAGAAUUUAUUGAAGCCCAUGGCAUAGUUGAUGGGAUAUACCGAUUAUCAGGUGUAACAUCAAAUAUCCAGAAAUUAAGACUAGGUUUUGAUGAAGACAGAGCCCCAGACCUCAGUGAUGAAGCCAUACUUCAAGAUGUCCACUGUGUUGCUUCAUUGUUGAAAAUGUACUUUAGAGAACUACCAAAUCCACUGUUGACUUACCAACUUUAUGAUAAGUUUGUGGGUGCAGUUCAAUCUGAAGAAGGUCUUCGACUCUUGAAGCUGCGAGACAUUGUCCAGCAGCUACCACCUCCUCACUACCGAACUUUGGAGUUUCUGAUGCAGCACCUAGCUAAGGUUGCCUCUUAUGGCAGCCAUACAUCAAUGACACCGAAAAAUCUUGCCAUUGUAUGGGCACCAAACUUACUUAGAUCUAAAGAUGUGGAAAGUGGAGGAGGAGUUGGGGCAUUGCAUGUUGUUGGUGUCCAAGCAGUUCUUACAGAGUACCUGAUUCGUUAUGUUGAUCUCAUAUUUAAUGACAAAUUACCUAUACUUCAGAGCCCAAGUAGUGAACAAGACACUUCUAAGAAGCUGAGGCCAAAAUCUGUGGCAAUUUCAACUCCCACAAAACUUUUGUCUUUAGAAGAAGCAAGAUCAAGAGUUUUAUCUUCUAAUUUAGCAGUUUCUCAACAAAAAUAUAUUGAUGUUGGAGGUGGGCCAGAAAGUCUUCCAGACAAGUAUCACACUGUUAUCGAACUUUCAUCUUCCAGCAAAAGAAGUAGUGGAAAAUUAAAGAAGUCUCCAUCUGGAUGGAAGUCUUUCUUCUCCCGAGGCUGGAACUCGGGAAGUACUAGAGAAAAAGAUCGAGGUUACCAUGACCUAAUUUUAAGCCCUCGAAAAAUUAGCACUUGUUCCCUGCAAUAUGCAAGUACAAAUAUACCUUUGAAGGAAAAGGCUGUGACAGAGAUGGAAUUAUCACAUGUUCACUCUAAGUUACUAUCUGAGAAAAGAGCAGAAUCAAUAAUCUCCUCGUUGGAUAGGGGUGAUAAAUGUUAUCGCACUUCAGAGAUCCUACGUUCAUUAAGUCCAACAGAGGGGCUCAAGAUAAUGUGGAGUAAUGAAGGAUUUAUGAAAGAAGAAAACAGUUCCUGCAAGUCAUCUAAUGCACAUAAGCAUAUUCGAUCUGUAUCACAUGAUUCUUAUUUUGAAAAUACAGUGGAUAUUCCUGCUGAAGAUAAUGUUGAGGAAGAUGAUGGAAGCGUAUUUUUACAGAUGGAUAAUAAACUGAACUUUACAUUAGGUGACAGUGGUACACUCAAAGAGAGUAGGUCUGAAGAGCAAUCUUUCGCUAUAAAGAGUGAAUUGGACCAUAUGAGAGAUACUGAAAUUGCAUCCCUCCAGAAGAUAUCAUUAUCUGAUAAUGGCAAAUGUGAGGAAGAAGUUAAGAACUUGCCAAAGGAAUCCUACUCAGAAUCCUCUAAAAGUUCACGAAAACAAAGACUCAGAAGUUCAGACAGUGAUGUUUCGAGUCCAAAAAUGCAAAAACUGAAUUUCAAACAUUUUCGACAAGCUUUCAGUUCCCCUUCUUUUGGUAAAAAAUUGGAUUUUUCUUUCAUUUUCACUGAAGAGGAUAGUUUGUCAAACAUAGGUCAAGAAAAAGAAAAGGACUUUCUACGAGGAAGUAUACGAAAAACAAAGGAAUGGUUUGUCCAAGCUUUGUCUCCAGAUACAGGAAACAAAAAAAUCCUUCCCUUUCCCACAGAACAGGAAUUUAGGAAUUCUAUAAAUAUUCCUCAAGCCAACAAUAGUAUUGAAGUUAUUUCUAAGACAUAUGAUAAAGAUUUAGUAAACAACAAUUCAGUCAGUAUUUGUGCUGCAGCAGAAAAUACUUUCAUUAAGCAGUCCAGUAAUUUAACAACUUAUGAUGGAAGAGCACAGCUUAGUUUCAUCAGUGAUCUAGGAGAUGAUAAGGAGAUUACUGGGAAAACAGUAAUAGAGAGAUAUGGAAAUGAAGAAACGGUCAUAGUUGAAGUGCAUGCUACUCAAGAAAGCUCAUCUGAUGAGGAUGAAAAACUUGAAGAAAGUUAUCGUGUUGUAGAUGAAAUGUUGCAAGCUGCCAGUAAAAAAAUUGAACAAGAGCACCUGCAGGAAGAUAAUACUAAACAGUAUCCUGAUCACACUUCAUCUUUAAUACAGAGUUCGUCCAUUGAGACAUAUCUGCCUGAUUCUGCUUGUAUGCCAAAAGUUGAGCCAUCUGAAAAAGUUGAUGAGAACCAAGUUUCUAGAAAGUUCCAUUAUGAUACAGUAGGACAUGUAAAUACAUGUAGAUCCAUUUCUCUUCAUUCUUCCUUAUCUUCAAAAGAGGGUAACUUGGGUAAUGAUGAUACAACAUAUCUAACUGCUGCAUCAGCAAAGCAUUUGGAGCUUGCCCUGACAAAUGAUACUGAGAAAUAUCUUUCUGAUACCAUGAAGACUGAUUGUAUCAUUCCAGACUCUUCUUCUGAUAUACUAUUACUGGGUGUAGCAGUAAGUGAGCAAAAUUCAUCUUCAUUACCAUUAGGUUAUUCAAAAGACGUGUCAGAAAAGAAUAAGAAAAAGACUGAGGAAAUAUGGUUUUCUUCUUCUAGUAUAACUCCUGAAAAUGAAGACCAGCAUGUUUCUGAUCUUGAUGAACUUUUUAGUUAUAAGUUGCUUGAUGAAUAUGAUACAGCAAUGACACCUGUAAAUGGAAAAAGUACUACCAAAACACUCCCAAACAGAGCUGACUUGUAUGAGUUACAAGAGAACGAAAGAACUGAAAAUAUUUGUGAACCACUUCAAUUUCUUCCUUCUAGCAGUAUACCUAAAAUGAUUAAACAGGAGGAUUUAAAAACUAAACAUGUUGAAGAAGUCAGAAAUACAUACACAGUAUCUAGAACAUGCAGAGCUACAGAUGAAUAUGCCAAUCUAAACAUUUUGCCAGAAAUGAUUGAAAAUUCCAACCUACAGAAAACUGGCAGACUAAGUUGUGAAGGAAUUUGUAAUAGAAAUAUAGAAGCUAUCCAGCAUAAGAUGGAAGAAGAAGAAUUGAAAGCAAGUAAACAAAAAAACUCUAUGAUGAUGGAGCAGCAAUUAGGAAAUCAUCAGGAUGUGCAAAAUUCUAGCACUGUUUCAAGUCAGAAGUCGGAAAUCUCUCUUUUUCAAGAUAAAAGUUCUUCUGAUCUUACUUUUCGAAAACGCAUCAGCUAUGAAAGGCCUUCACCUGUAGAAGAAUGCAAACGAAAAUUUGAGUCAGAAAUUGGACGUACAAUAGUAAGAGAUCGGAAGAUGAAACUGGAAAUGGAACAAAUAAAGGCAGAAAUGCAGGAAAAGUUUCAGCACAAACAAGAGAAGUCUUCAUACAAUUUCAACAAAGAUUCACAGUUGCUCACUCAAACACAGAAGCUUGAUUUGUCCUGGGAUAUUACAAAAGAGCAUGCAAAAAAAACAUCUGAUGUGGUAGAACUUCGCAGAUCCCCAGGGAGACAAUUUGAAAAAACUUUUGAAGAAAAGGAAAAUGAAAGAAAAAGAAUGAGUGAACCAAGUGGUACAUCUCUUAGAUUAACACCCAAUCUUUUAGUUGGAGAAAGUAAACGUGUUUCAGAGCCAACCAUGACACAAGUAUAUCUUCAACUUCCUCAUGAGAAUAAAAAAGCUUCUUUAAAGCAAUUAGUCUCAAAAUUUGAAAGUCCUUUACUAAAAGAAGAACAUUUUAGCAGUGAAAAAAAACCUUAUAAAACAGAUUUAUUGGAUGAUUGUAACUUUAUAAAAUACAACUCUCCCAUGACUAAUAUUUUCACUCAGAUUAAGAACUUAACACUUCAAUCUGAGCAACCUACUCAUACAGUUUCUGCCAAAUGUGAUCACUGGUCUGAUUCCAUACAAAAACAUCCUGCUUCCCAUGAUUUUACACAAAAUCAGAUUUUCAGCUCAAAAACUGAAGCUCAGAAAGCAUACUCUUGGGGUCCAGAAACAACUUUAUCCAAAGAAAUCAAAGAAGUGAGACUAUCGAACAUUAUUAAGCCACGAACCUUGGAUUUAAAAAAGACAUCAACUUGCAACUCUCAAAAAGAAGGUGUGCAAAAACGAGAAGACAUAUUAAGAAACUGUAAUAGCAUGAGUAUACAAAACAAAAAUAAAACACAAUGUGUUCAAACUCAAGAAAUUUCACUAUCAGAAAACAAAGAUGUGCUUGGAAAUCCUGUUGAUUUACCCUCAACAAAGAGAGAAGAUGUUUUUGGUCCCAUUAGAUGGCACUCAUUAUCUCCUUUAAAUUCCCCUACCAGAGAAUUAGAAUCACAUGGUCGAUUUCGAUCAGAAUCUUCUCCAGUGGAUUCUAAAAUUAUUAAUCGAAGGGAAAGAAUUAAUCGUUUAAAAGAAGAGCGAAGGAAUCAGCUGAGAGAGAAAUGGAGGUCGGCUAGUUUCAGUAAAGAUUCUAACAAUAAAGCAUGUUGGAGAAGAAACCCAUUCUCCUCACAAAGUGAAUCUGAAACGUGUUCAAGAAUUUUCAAUUCUUUAUCAUCUCCAGUGAAAGAACAGGAGUGCCAUACCAUAGCUACUUGCCCUGCUGUAUAUGCAAAAGAUACAGGUCCUAAACCUGUCAUGAAAAACAAAGUAGGUGAUGAAGAAGGAGAAAUAUGGGUUAGGGAACGUGCUCAAAAAUGGCAAAAGCAAUUCUUAGAAAAAGCAACUAAUGCAAGUUUAUCCUAUGAUGUUAGUCAUUAUGGUCCCAAACAUUUCACAGAAGACAUGCCUAGUACAUGUAAAGGAAAAUUUAGUGGACCUGUUUUGUCUCAUGGAGUAAGACCUCCUAUUCCAGAAAAGCAAGCAGCUAGAUUAACAGUAAAGAAAGCACAUAUAGAAGGCCUGACACUCAAAAUUAAAUCCAUCCCUGCUACACAAACAAACCAGACUGAAUGUGAUGAAGAAUCAAAAAUUGUGCCAAAAAUAUUUUUAUCAGAAGAAACUGCCUCUGCUAAAACUAGCUCAGAUAAUUCCAGGGAAAGUAAAUCUCUUCAGCAUGUUCCCUCACCUCAAAAACAUAUUCGAGAUAGAGUUGCUGUGUUCGAAGCUACAUCUUAAAAAUCAACAGGUCAUUAGUUAUUAUCAAUAGCCAGUGUUGAAACAGGUAGUGUUAAAGAUAGAUGCUUUGUUGAUCAGCAGGAUCUGAUUUUUUGUUUUUGUAAAGAAAUGUUUGAACAGAUAGACUUGUGUGCAUGCUGAGCAUGCUUGAUGUGAAAAUUAAAUUAACAUGUUUUAAGACUUGCUAUAUGAAGUUUCAAAGUGUAUAACCUAAAAACAGUUUCAAAAGAAAGAUAGUGAAGUGCAGAAAGAAAGUCUUCCAUAUAGUUGGUUUUGGCACUUUUCUGGCUAUACAUUCUUGCUUUAUUUCAUAGUACAUAUUUAAUGUCAUUCCACAUGGUCUUGGAUGUGUUCAAGUGUUAGUGUGUCAGUUUGUACAUCAUUCCACUUUUACCUAUAAUUCACUCUCUGAAAACCAAAGAAGGAAUUCAUUUAAAUUAUUUUAUAAUCAGUAAAAGUAUUUCUGGAAAUUAAGAUUGACAGUUGUGUCAAGUUUUAAAAAAUGCUUUAAGGUUUCACAUCUUUGUUAAUUUAGGUAAUAUAAUUAUACCUUUUUAGCUUUACUAGUAAUUGUUACUUCGACAUGUAUUGUAAAAAAGUGCUGAGUGAAAACUUCUGAAUUAUUCUUUAUAAUUUCUUUUCACUUCAAAACUCUGCAAUUGAUAUAUCUGACCAUGCCAUGCUACCCAUUGAUAAAGCCUUCAUUGCAGUAGCCACGAUAGGCAAAACUACAGUGAAAAGUAACAACUUUAUUUUUUUUUUAUGUUGUUUGACAAAUGUAUAGUUUUUACUGUCCACAAUCUUUUAAGCAGUAAUGAACACAUGAAUGUAAAUAGAGAAAUAUUGUAUAAAGCAUGAAAAAUAUAUCUACAAGUAUUUACCAAAGCACAGAUAUUUUCUUUAAUUUAUGUAUGCAUUAGUUUUACCUUCUGUAAACUAUGAAGUUAGAAGAGGAAUCUCUGUAGCCUUAACUUGUAUUGAUCAUCUUGGUGAAAUUGCAGUUAUCUACCUUAAUAAAAACUUGUGCUUAUGCAUUAUGUUGAAUUGUUAAUGUAUUUGGACAUAGGUUUAUUCAUGAAAUAAUUCUAUGGUUGUUUUGAAUCCACAAUGAGAUAUCUGUGCUUUAAGGUUAUUGAGUAGAUAAUAGCUAUAUACCAGUGUUUUCCAAGUUAAUUUCUAAAGUGUGUGUAAUCCAAGCUCAUUACUGGAGAGUAUUAUUAUGCAUACAUUGAUAAGUUUUAAGUAAAUUUAUGUAUAUAAUACAGUUUUGCAUCAAGAAUCCAUCUCUUAUGACUGGUUCUGAACUUCAUGUAUAUAUGUAUUAAUUUUAAUUACAAAAUGACAAAGUUUUGUUAGAGUUUCAUUGAUACAUGUAUUCCAGUUUUACUUGGUACUGAAACUUUGUUUCAUUGAUUUCUGGUGAAACUAAAAUAGAAACACCCAUACAGCCACAGUACACUUUUAUUUGUACUUUGUUGUUCUUUGGAUUUUUAAAAAUGGUCAGAAAGCAAUAUGUAGUCUACAAGUAAAGAAAAAUCAUGUAAAUGUAUAUUUCUGUAUUUUAAAAGCAUAUGUGUGUGUAUUUAAGGUAUUUACUUUUUUGUAUAUUUUGAAUUUCUAUAUGAUAAAAUUACAAUCUUAGACAUGAUAAAAUGUAUUAGUCACUUUUACUGCCAAUUUUAUUGUCAAAUAAAAUAAGGCUCAUCCUGUGAUUCACUUUGCUGAAAUUGUUACAGGAUGUAAUUUUCACUGUGUAUGAUCAAAAACUAGAUGUAUUUAUACCGAAGAAUGUAAAAAAACAAAAACGUAUACAAUGUAUGUGUCAAGUAUUAAAAAUUACCUGAUGCAUUGCUUUAAAACAGUAGUGAUUGAACUGAA